AUGUCCUUAUAAAAACUACUUUAGAGAAGGAUUUUAAAGCUGCCUUUAACGGAUCAAACCAAAUGCAAGAUUAUGGUGGUUCAGUAUCGAACAAGUCGAGAGAGUAUCGUGAUUGCGAAGGAAGAGAAUGUAGCCAAGAAAGUUCUUAUUCCAUAACCCAAGGAACGUUCUUCCGGAAGAGUUAUGGUUGUUCCAAUAAAGAAUUGAUCGACCAGACUUCGUAUUGCAGAGUUGUCACCGGACCGGAAAAUUCUACUAAUCAACAACACUCCAGAUAUACAAAGUCGUCCGCCCCUUCUUUUAGCUCUCCACCAAAUUCUCCUUUAGUUGGCCUUGUAUUUGAUCCAUCUUCUCCAAACUAUAGUGGAGCCGGUAUCAUGACUGACCGUCUUAAUCCUGACAGACGUUCACAAAGCUCAUGGUCUGUUUCUCACCAAGAACCUAUUGGAAGUGGAGUAAAGAAAAAAAUCGUAAAAAGUCAUGACAAACGUAAUGCUUAUAGCGCUGAUCCACGCUAUCAAGAGAAAUAUAAAGAGAUGAGUACAGAAACCGAUUCAAGAAAAAAGGAUCGAAAUUUAACAUCAGAGUCCACAUCGAGUCUCGACUUCUUUGCCGAAGGGGAAAGAAUGGUAUCAGAACUUUGUAAUAUACCGGAUACAAGUUCUCGUAAUGAGUCUCACAAGUCUCAAAAAGUAUUAAAUCAAGACCAAGAUGACAGAAAUAGACACGUCGGUUCGUCAGAAAUAUUACUGACGGCUCUUGACAAAAUCGUCAUCCAUGACCAAAUUCCUAAUCAAAUUGUUCAAUUAGCUAUCGAGGCGUGCACUGAUGCAGAAAACAUUGCAAUUGCACACCAUAAUAGGCCUUGUUUCAAAAACAUCCAUUCUAUUUGCGCUAAAACACGAUCCAAUGUUCAAAAACCUGAUAGCGCAGUCGCCAAUCUUCACUCGCAAGGUAUACCGUGGGUUAUCAAAAAUUUCAUAUUUUCAUUUGUAAGGAUUUUAGACGGAUGGAAAGGAGUUAAAGAAUUAUUGAGUGAAAAGCAUGAUACGUUUUCUAGAAUAGAAAAUAAAUAUUAUAGUCAAAAUAUAAGAGAAUGUUUUGUACAAUGGCAAGCGGUUACAAAAGAAAUGUUGACACACAUCUAUAAGACAUUCAAAUGUCUUGAUCACGGGUUUACAAUGGAACAGAAAAGUUUUACUCACAAUUAUUACGCUACAAACUCAGCUGCGCCUCGUCAUCAAAAUCAAAGUAAAUUUCAGUCUAUAAAACAACACAUUACUCCAAGACCAAUUAAUGCUUCUCCAUCCUACAGCGUGAUACAACCACCAUGGCUGCAACCACAAACACCAACGACUCCACAAAACUAUAACGAGAGCUCAUGGUCGAUUAGAUCAAGCGUGCCGUAUAAAAAAUACCCUGUAAUACCACCACAGAGUUCUCAAAACUUCUACACACUGAGCGAUCAAAGUGAAAACGAAACCUAUCAAAAGACCCAAUAUAAAUGUGAUCCAUGCUGCAUUCGCGAAUCAAAACCGAGGCAGUCUUGGACGAUCACAAACGUACCAGAUUGUCGAGUGUUAGAAGGUAUGUGUCACGCAGACCAAAGAGAGCUAUAUUCGCAAUUAAAACAUAAAAUGGACGCUGAACUUGGCAAGUCUUCUGGUCAACCGAUAUUGAGUAACGCCUCUUGUGAUAUAAUACAACGCCGUGAAAUAGAUCUAAAGGCAAAAAUGGUUCCUUUAAGUCACGUUGAAAAAAAUUUAAUACCAAGUAUGGCAUCAUCAGCUGAGAUUAGAAAUUGCUAUGCGCAAAAAAAUAACAGCUGUGGUGAUACUAAAGAAGAGGCUGAUUUUUUUGCGGCAUGGGGUCAGAUGGUCCAAAAAGAACCUAGUGAUUUUUUGACUCAUCAUACUCACAACGUACAAAUACCUUCAAACGUUGUGACGGUUUCGAAUAAUAUUUCUGGCCCCGUGCAAUUUAUUGAUCCUGAAAAUGAUGAGUUUCACGAAAUAUCAAAAGUGUAUAUGAAACCUGGUAGUUACAAGGUGCCAAUAAAGCCAGUGGAGACUGUACCUCCAUUUUUGCAAAAUACUUCUCAAGAUACCUAUGAGAAUCCUGUUGAGGACACUUCGUCUUUGAAAGCAAAAGUAUCAUUUCAACAAGUUACACUAGCACCGCAACCAAAAUACAAUUUAGAGUCGUGGCCAUGUUUGAUGUCAAGACGAGCUGAUGACAUAGUAAUGGAAGAACAAAAAUUUAAAUCUUCCACCUCUCAACUCUCUUGUUUGGAUAUGCGAGCCGUUGAGGCUCUUGAUAUAUUGAGUUCAAUGAUGUCUGAUAAAGCUUGGGAAGCUGCUAAGCAAUCUGCACCAAAAUUAAUGGAUUUUAUACAUGAAGGAUCAAGGUCAGAUACAGCACGACUUUACAACGCAUUAGGAUUACGUACGAACGAAGAAUUAUCUCAAGAUUUAAAGGACAUAAAAAUGAACACAAGCCCAAAUGAUCCUUGGACAAACUCCAGCCAGGCAUCGAAACAUAUAUCUUCAGAAUGGAGUCAGACAUCACAAACUCAAGAUGUACCUCAAAAUAAAAGUCACGCUAAUGAUAAUAGCCUUAACAUGGAAGACAAUUCGAACACCUCAUGCAUCGAACAGGGUAAGACUACAGAUUAUAACGAACAAGACGAUACUGCCAAUAAAUCUGAAGAGUCUAGAGAAAAUACCCGUCGACGUAAUUUUGAUCAGACUGGCAAUUACGUAAGAGAUGAAAAUCAAAAAAAAACUAGUGGAAAAUCAAAAGUUGCUGUUUCUGGCACUUGGUACCAUCCUAAAAAAAAGAAACCACUACCGGGUACCGUUAUAAAAAAAUUUGAGAAUAUUUUAACUAGCUUAUCACAAAUAAAUGAAGCUACAUUCAUUCAACGAGAUAUGGAUAUUAAAAUUGCUCCAAGAUUUUAUGAAAUUGUCAAAUAUCCAAUGUCUCUUAAUGAUAUAUCUACUAAAUUGUUAAAUUCAUCAUACACUGAAUUUGAUCAAGUAGUCCAAGAUUUUCGGCGUAUUUUUAACAACGUCAGAUUAUAUCUUAAGAGUUAUCCAGAUUCAACAAUGAAAAAACACGUAAACAAAGUAUCGUCUGAAUUUGAAAAAAUAUUAGCCCAUGAAUUUCAAAAUAAAUGUGAAUCGAGAACAAAAACACACGAACACGAUGCCAGAGAUCAAAGCAACAAGAAGUUUGAUAAAGAUAAUCUAGUAAAGACUGAAGGUAAGAAAGAAGAGGCUAAGACUGAUUCUAAGUUGAACGAAGAUGACAAACAUUAAACAUAAUUUUCAUUUUAACAUACUAAGUUAUUACUUACUUAUUAUCAUUACAUCAAACAACAGUAACAUUAGUUUUUGAAGUUUUUGUUUUACUUUA